ACCCCAAAAACAAAAAAAACCAACAAAACAGAAGAAGAUUCUCAUACGCCAGUUGAUCAAUUAGCAACCAGAAUUAAUCUCAAAAUUUUUGGAAUCAAAAUAGAAUCUUCAUAGCCAUCCAUAUAAUUCGUGGCCUCUGAUCCUCUCAAUAUUCACUUCACAUAAUCCAUUAAUCCUCACUUGGAUUCUCAUUUCUGUCGAGCUCUGUUUGAUUAGCAAGAAAAACAGAGCAGCUCUAACAAGUUGAUACGUACUCUGUCAUGGUACAACUACAACCAUGUUGAUGGUAUAUGCUCCAAGAGCUAUCACAUAUCUAGAUUCUCAUAUACUAAAUGAGACCAUAUUACCAUGUAAGAUUACACAUGUGAAUUCCUUGAACAAUGUUUCAAUCUGUCUUGGCCGAAUCCGAGCUCCUUGUAGUUCUGUAUUGUCUGCUUCUUCAUUUUAUUGGAAGAGUCGAAAUCAGCAGAGCAGCACCAAGAAAUGGCUUUGCCAGAUGCAUGAUUCAAUUCCAUCAGACGAGGAGUAUCGAUCAUCGCGGAACAUAGCAAUCAGUUUGUUUAGGAGGUACAGGAAUGUGCUUGACCGGGGAGGAGGUGACAACUUGAAAGAGUUCAUCAGUGCUGGGGUGAAUGCGUAUGCGCUGGGAUGCACGGAUGAAGGAUUAAGAAAAGAGCUUAUUGAUAUGAUGCAAACUGGUGUUGAAAUUGAAGCAAUGGAGAGCUAUGGUGGAAGCACUAGUUUGAAAUCCAAGAUUGCAUCAGGGGAGAUUGAUGAGUGCAUUCUGUGGUUGAGCAUCAUAUUUAUCACCAUUUUGUGUACGCCGCAGCCAACGAUAGUUAGAUGGUCAUCCACACCUCCAGUGUCAGAUGAAGAAAGGCUCAAGUGGAAAGGCUUUUGUGCUGUCAUAGCAAAUGCUUAUUACUUGAGGGGAAUGGCAUGGCUUCCUGUUAAGACUCUUCAACUAGAGCAAAUGGCAGUAGUUGGACAUGCUGAGGAACCAUCUGUUGUUGCAAGUCGAAUGCGAUUAGUGUUUAGCACACUCGAGGUUGUGAGUCCACAGUGGCCUAGAGUCUAAUGCUUCACUACUGCCUCAGCAUGAACUGAUAUUGCUGAUUUGCUGGCCUUACUGUCAAAUUUGUAAUUUAUUGUAGCCUAAGCAUUUUCCUCUCUAGAGAGGGAACCCAAAAAAGAAAAAGAAAACAGUGGGAAAGAACUAGCUCUAGAUUUGAACUUUUUGUAAUUGUAAACUGCCAGUGCUCUU